AUGGUUUCCAGGACGAAGAGUACAAAGAAUCCCCUGCCACCGAAAGAACGGAAGAAUGUAGUGCAGAAAAUCGACUACAAGGCAUCUAAACUUUUCUUCGACGGCUAUAACAAAAUAGCGGGCACUAACUAUCCACUGCUGUUUCUGGAGAUCUCUGGGCAUGGCAUACUGUGGUUAGCCUUGACUGUCUAUUUCCUUCUGUUUAGUGAUGUCACAUCGCUAGUGCAGCAGUGUGCUCUGGCUAAUUUGUUGACGGGUCUAGUAACCGACCUGGCUAUGGUGGGAUCGGCAAAGGUUGCUUUUCGCCGCAGGAGGCCUACGUAUGCCAUAUCGCAGAAGCAGGUGGCUACGGUGGAGAUUGUGGACCAGUUCUCCUUCCCCUCUGGUCACACUGCCCGAGUGGUGUUUGUGGCGUGUCUGGCGAGGCACUGCAGUUCAGGGGCGCUUUCAGUGUUGUCGGAUGAUUCUGUAGUCGUCAUCACCACAUGGGCUGCAUUGGUGGCAUGGUCACGUCUGGCACUAGGAAGGCAUUAUAUUACGGAUGUUGUUGCCGGGGGUCUGAUUGGGGCCGCCAACUUUGAGCUGGUAGCGGGAAUACUCUGGCUCAGUCCGGCGGUCGUUCAGGUCUACCGAGGAACAGUGCUGUCCUAUAUCGGGUAG